AGAGGAGUCCGGCUGAAGAAGUGCUCACCAUGGGGCUUGUCUGGCUUAAGUGACAUUAUUUUGUGAAACAAUUGAAAAUUUAUGGCUCAAUUUCCGAUACUUGCCCCCUGAGUUGGCUAGUUCAGUUAUUUUAUUCUUCGUUAUAACCGGAGAGGCGUGGCAUAUUAUUGGCUGGUAGCUGAACGUUAGCUUGUGAACUGAAGUUAUUUCCAGUUGUGGCGGGCUCAUAAGCGGAGGAAACGACCCAAGAUGAAUCAUGAAGAUACAACCUCUUUACAAAAGCCACGAUAUGGGAGUAAGUAACUCUUUUUCUAACUCUUUUGUGACCUUUCUUUGCUGUCUGUUUUGCUAUGAGGGACAGGAGAUGAAUACAAGCUAAUGGAGGGUGCCAGCACGGUGAGGUUUAAUGAGCAACAGGUGGUUAAAAAAGCACCUGUGUCCAGUUAAUAGGAGGAAAACUAAAAUAGGUGUAACAGGCCCUGUCAGUUUGGGGAAAGAAGUAGUUAAAUGUGGUCUGAAGAGAAUAAGAAUAAAUAAUUUUAAUAAAUUGUGCAUUUUAUUGUUCCUUCAAUGUCCUCAAACUGUACCACUGUGAAUAUUAUCAAGUUAUUCAAUAGUGGCAGCCAACAUAUCAGCCUCUCCACACAUAAGGCAUUUUCCCAUAAGUUAACCAUUAACUAUGGAUUUAGCUGCUGUUGGGAAAUAUAUAACUGAGUACAUGAGUGUCUCAAAGUAGUGUGUGAGCUUGCUGAUAGAAAACAGCACUAAAAACACCUCACCUAGUUGGAGUUUACUGUAUUCUGUCUCUGACCCACAUCUGGGGGCAAAGUACAGCUCUGAGAGAUAAGACAAAUCAAUCGUAUCAUCCCCAUCAAAGCUUUUUGUCCCCUGAAUUUCAUUGACCGAGUUUGUUUUGUUCCACACAGAAAUCCCUGACUUGUUUUGGGUUUCACUAAUUGGAAUUUUUAGGUGUGUCUCUGGAAAAACAGUACCAAAUAGGGAGUAGUUUGUCAGAGAGAGAGUGACAUGCGGGGGACCAAAAGACUGUCUUUGUUGGCCUUGUUAAUGAGUGAAACAGGUCAGGUUUUAGGAGGCAGGGGAGUGACUUUGCCCCUGGAUAGGUUCAAACUCACAAGGGCUGUCACGGGACCACAUAUAAGUAAAAGGCUGAAACCCUAUUUUUGUGUGUGAGAUGAACCCCUAAAACAAAAACAAAUAGCAGUGUUGUGUUGUAGUUCCCCUACAGACCUCCCAAAAGCUGUGGUGGAAACAAUCCUGCUGACAAACAAAAAGCCUGAGUUAUAAUCACAAAGCGUUUAACUCAGCUUCAGCGAUCCUGUGACAUAAAAAAGCAACAAACCCAUCCUGAGGGUUAAAAAUACUACGCUUAGUUCUAGUGUGCAGACAGGCUCUUCCAGGAAGUGUGUGAGUCAUUAGAAGAGGCAGCGUGUAAUGGCUGCAUGGAGGCUGAUCUGGCCCUAAGAUGAGUGUUCAUGCACAUUUGCAUUCAUACAGACAGCACAGCUGGGCCGCUGAUCUGUAGUUGGGAGGCUUGAUACUGUGUGAGCCUUGUGCACUUAUCACCCAAGAGAGCGAACAGGAUGACCUAUUUUGUAUGUGUGUGAAUAUGCUUGUUUGGUUUCUGUCUAUUCUCACAUGUGGGAAUUCUACUGUAUGUUAAACCUCUUUUAGAGAGCUGUUGCACAGAUGUCUUUGCAGGUGACCAAUGAAAAGACAGAAUAUACCACAAAACUUGAACACAAAAAGCACUCCAAAAGUUAUCAAGGUCUGUUUGCUGGUGUUUUUGCAUGAGAAUGAUAAGCAGUUAGUCUAUGAAUAAAUUAGCAGUAUUUUUGGCUGAUUAUCAAUCAGGUGGUGAACCAAUAGUAACAGCUUUACCACAGACCCUUGACCUGGAUUUCUUGAAAUAUUAUAAGUAUUUGCUUCAUUCAAAAGGAUCACUGUAAACCAACCAUAGGUGACAACGCUACUGUGUUGUUUACCUUCUUUUAAACAGAUUGUUUGAGCCAAUCAAUCUGCAGGUUUAACCAGUUUAACUGGGCAUCAUCAGAGGUCGUAAUCUUCAUGAAACCAGUGGACAUACGAAAGUCUGACAGCGUAUGUUUGCUUUCACACAAAAUGUUUAAACAGUUUGUGUGUUUGACUGACUUCAAGUUCUACGCCCAGUAAAGUGGAGAGUUUGCACAACAACAGUGUUAUUGUUGCUAAACUCAAACUGGCGGCAUGAUCCACGGUCCAAAGGGAGAAACCAUCAACUUAAACUUAGCCGUGGGAUCUGAGGUAGUACCUUCAGUCAGCCAGAAAUAAAGAGCUCUGAUUGGAUUAGUUGGGGGUAAGAGGCGUUUGAGGGAGGAGAUCGCCCUAAGCCGCAGGUGAAGGUUGACUCUCAGUUGAAGUCACUUGACUGUUGAGCCUCCCUGUUAAGUCCACUGUGUCAUGGUUGAUUCAGCUCCCUGAAAUAAGGGAUUUAUAGGAUGUUACAGUACAUCAUCAGUCACUUUAAAGUCAGUGUAGUUGGAAGAAAUCUUUUGACGUACUUCCUGUCCAGUAUCAUUUGUGAAUUUUUGUCGUCAUAUCUGAAAUAACCUGUCAUACAAAUCCCAGUUAAUGCAAAUGAAUAUGGAAGUAUUUGAUCAUAAAUGAUGAAUGCAAAUGAAAUAGAUCUGCAAGAUUUAAGUGAAUAUUUGGCUUCAUAGAAAGAUUGAAAUUAGAAAACAUCUCAUGCUGUGAACGUGUUUCCAUGUAACUUUUACUUCAGAAAUAGUUAGUAAUAUUAUGAGUAUAAUCUCCAAUAGUAUUGUGAUUUAUUUCUUUUCCUUCUUCCAGCCAUUCAGGAUGAUGAGCGGCUGUCAGCAGAGGAAAUGGAUGAGAGGAGACGACAGAAUAUUGCCUAUGAGUACCUGUGUCAUCUCGAGGAGGCCAAACAGUAAGAGAUUUUGAGGAAGAGUAGACGAAUGGUAGCUUGGUGUCAGCUGACCCAUUCACCUUGGUAUAUGGGUCAUUUUUCAGGGGCGUCAUUAGCAACUGUCGCUUGUCUGGAAACAUUUGUACAGACAAACGACCAAUUAGAUUAAUGCAUGUGACAGAAAUAGCAACAGAAAUGAUCAAAUUUCACUAAUCAGAAAUCAGUCAAUCUCUGCAUUUAACUGCAAAGACAACACAGAGGAAGCAGAAGGCCGUCUAUAGAUAGCGUCUCAUAGUGUUAGUUGAAUUUCAGCUUUUCGUUAAAGUGGUCUGAUCCUCUUCAACUCGUAUAUGCAAAAGAUCUUUUAGUCCAGCAGCCAAGACUUUUAAAAGCAGUUAUAAAUAUACAUUGAAUAUAUUGAUCAGAAAGUCCUAUAUCCUGUCAAGUCUGAGGGUACGGGACAUUUGUUAGAGUCAAGUAUAUGAGUCUCUGAGGGUUUGUGGCAAUAGUGCAGUUGAGGAUGAGUUUCAAAACUCUUCCUGAUAUUCCCUACAGUACCUGUAAGUUCUCUGUGCUUCACACCAAGAGAUUUGAAUUGCAAUGAUGACUUCAUCUUCAGAAACGGUGCAUGCAUCAUCAAGCUUGUCACGCUUAAAAAGACAGUAUAUACUGAUCUAGGGGAUAAUUUUUCUCACCAUGAGGUGGAUGAUGGUAUGUGGAUGGAUGAUGAAGUAUUAAUGUAAGCCCUUAGUUUCAGUCUUUAAGAUUUGCUGUUUUUUAAGUUUCUGGGGCUUUCUCUGAGGCAGGAUGUGAAUGAUCAACCCUCUUGCAAAAGCUUUGCAAGUUUCCCACAAAAGUGAGGAGUCUUCUGUUGAAAGGGAAUUACCGAACAAUAAUGCCUGAAGUUCACAAAGAUAAUAAGAUGUACAAUGUUAUCCUCUUGAAUGACAGUGCUGAGUAUCCUUUGCAAAGUAUAAUCAAUGAAAUCUCACAUUUAGACAGAAAAAAUAAGCAGCUCUUGUGCAACACCCAGAAAAAAAAAAACUCUGUUGGGUGCAGAUUUCCCCUUGCAUCAUCAAGCCCAAAAUCUUUUUUUCAUGUAGCAUUGGCUUUGAUGGAAGGGGCCAUAGUAGUUUUUGAAAAAUCUAUAUUUUAGUGGUUUUAAUAUAUUAAUAAUAAGACAUGUAUGUUUUUAAGGCAGUGCCAUUUAAGGGUCUGAAGAUCAUCAUGGCCGUCCAGCACUGAGUUUUCUCGUCACUUUUGUACAUCAGAUUUCUCCAGAUUCUCUAAUUCAUCAAUUAUCAUCAUGCACUGUCGGUGAUGAAGAACCCAAAUUUAUUAUAAUUUUACAUUGGAGAACAAUAUUCUGCUCUCAGAGUAGGGAACCCGUAUAGCGCCAUUUUUAUGUUCAGUCAUGUGACCAACCUCUUGCAAAAUAACCUGUUUUUUUUUGGAUUGCUUCAUGUUUUGUUGUUCUCAUCGGAACUUUAUGAAACAAAUUGUUGGCAUCAAAUUUAAAAUGGGCAUAUGUUUAUAAAAAAUAUAUAUCACACUUUCAGUCUUUGAUUUGUUGCCUUUGAAUUAUCUCCAAUGAAGCAAUUUUAUUGUUUUGCAAACCGUCAAAUUAUCAGAUUGAACAUUAUAUACAGGAUCCCAACCUCUCUGGAGCAGGGCUGUGAAAGGAUGUGAGGGUUUAGGGCAGAGUCAGCAUACACAUGAGAUGAUGAUACAGAGUGUGGGGAUAAAGUGGCUCACUGACAGGAUCAAAAGAAAAACAAAAAACUUGAGUUGAUAAUUUCCUCAACUGGUUUAUUUUAGUGAAUAGUUUUGUUUAUGUGAGCCUGAAAUGAUUUUCACUGCAGUAAAUCUUUUUGCUGACAGUUCACAUUAUACCCGAAGACCCACUCUUUUGAAGCGCAUGAGCAGAAUUAAAACUUAACCACUUCCUGUCUUCCUGUCUUGUGCACAUGGGCAUUCGUCUGAACAGACAUGAACAGGAAGUGGAACCCUGCCUUUUUAUCACACAGAUUUGGAGGCGGCCCCGCCCUGUCACAGAAAGAUUGUUAACCAUGAUUGUUUGCUGAUCCAGUAGCAUGCUGUAGUUGUCUGUCGUAGACUGUAAACAAACAAACAUGCUCAACACACUCUGUAGAUUUUGUGCAGCCUUCUUUACAUCCAAAUUUCCUCUCAGAUUAUUGUUUGACAACUGAACUUGCCCUUUGACUCAGUAAAGACUUGUAGAGUCGACAUAAUCUCCUCAUGUCACAGGUUACCAAAGGUCUACAAGGGCAGGUUGGCUGAGCUCAGCACAGAUUCAGUUCCUCAUGACUGGGCCACACCUGGCAGAUAAAACCUUAUUUUUUUUCAUAUAGAGCUCAGAAGAGAUAAGAAGAAGGUCGAUGGCAGUUUAAGGAACAGGUGCUUUCAUAACACUACACAGUCAACCUCAAAAUGAGGCUUUUACUGAAGUCUCCCUCACACACCACCUACUGUACUCAUACUUUCACUGUCUUACUUCCUGUUAUUCCAAUUCUGUGCCACUGACUCAUCGAUAAUCCCGCCAUUUAGAGAGUGGUGCCACUAUUCUGGGAAUGUGUCAAAUUAGAUUAGGAUUAGGACACACACCUAAUGGAGCUGCCAGCUAUAGAGAGCGUGGGAUUAGGAUCUGCUCUGUCUCUCUGAGGUCAGAAGUCAGCAGUGACUGAAACUGCUCACUGAGUUAUGAUCCUUAAAAAUGCUUAAAUACUGAGUCAUGUUUUGUUUGUAGAAUUUUUACCUACAAGCUAAAAAGAUCAGGAGUUUUUAGUGUUGCAUUAAAAGGAGAAAUCUAACAUUGACUUUCUGCAGCACAAGUGAAGUGUUCACAUGUAUGCUGUUAGUCUAAAUAUGUCAUUUUUAACCUCUUAAAAACUGUCUCCUGUAACCCAGGUUCACUGGACAGUAAUGUAACCAGCACUUCCUUAAUGACAGCAUGUGUCAGUGACAUGAGCGCACUGAUAUUUGAUCCUCUGCAGGAAGUGGAAAUGGUGCAUGAAGAAAAAAAUCAUUGACUUAUUUAUUUAAUUUCCAGCAUGACUUCAGCGGAAAACUUCCCUUCACCUCACUUUGCAAAUUACGUAUGUGAUAAAAACCUUUCUUGUAACUCAAAGUGGAUGAUCACUCUCUUACAAAACACACACCCCCACCCUCCUGCACAAGUACACAUACAAAAAAAUACACAGGCAGACAGACAGGAUUAAAAGUGGUGGGACUUUGUACUCAGAAGAGAGUAAACAGUUGCUUCAUAUUGAUAGCUUUCUCUGGAGGCCUGUUAGAUUUUGAUGAACACCUGUGAAUAUCUGGAGCAUAUUUUGCACCAAGUUGCACACACACAGGCAACCACAAAAACACAACCGCAUGACCAGCUAAACUUAACUACAUGAUGCAAGUAUCAGAGGACACUGUACACAGAAAUCUGAAGGGACGUUUACUUAAUAAUAUCAAGCAUUGAAGAGAAAUAGUUUCAAGUCCCAGGGCUCUUAAAGCUGUGUUUGGUUCAUCCUGGUGAGAUGCAGACUGGACAAUGACAGGAAGGUCUGCGUAGGGGGUUGUAAACAGGAGUGCUAGUCUGUCCGUCUUUAAGAGUCAAAUUCCCCAACAUUGUUUUAGGUUCAGGAAGGGGAGUUUCACAGGAGAGCCCUGUCACCAGUGCAGGAUGUCCCUUUGAUGAUGUUUUCAUCAGAAAUCUUUUUUCUCCACGUUAACCUCGACUGUCAGCUGCUUUUCUGUCCCCUCAGUUUGUGUAUCACGUCUACAUAGAGAAAAUUAACCAUGUUUUCCAUGGUUAAGAAAACUAUGCUGUUUGUUUGCCACAAUGACUGCAGAAUGGACAGUGUGCCUUCACUUUGCUUACUGUAAGCUGUGGUACAAAAGACUGCCUCCAUAAGUACUGACAUGCUGUGCUGGUGGAGCUGCAGGACUGACGUCACAACUUUUCUGCUGAUCAAGCAGCAAAGGAUUCACUGGUAAACUUCUGACUGUAACUCUUGGGUUGGUCACAUUUUCUUUCAUAGUUCCUCCUCUUCUCUGCUCUAACCCUGCAGGAGCCUGCAUUUGUCAUUUUAGCUGUCAGUCAUCUUUGACGAAGAAGAACACUUGGACCAAAACCAGCAUCACAAGAAUUAACUAUAAUGAUGAAAACAGUGUUUGGAAAAAAGAACAUUGUAUUUUAAUUUCCUUAUGUGACCCAUGCUCUGUCAGUUUAAAUGAAGAAGGCUGGGCCAAUCAGUGGGCGGAGCUUUCAAAAUGUAUUGUUUUCACAGUCAGUGAAUACCUACAAUGUCAAUUUUAAUAUUCUUUCCAUAGUCUGCCAUUUAUCAACUGAAACAGUGUAAAAAAUACUUAAACACACAAAAUCAGAUCAGACUAAGUUGAAUUUCAGGGUUUACUGUUCGUCUCGUUUUUACACCUCUGCUCCAAUAGAAGCUGUGACCCUCAGAAAUCAUGUUUACUCCGUAGAGUAUUGAAUAAUUUUCUUUUUAAACUUCAUUGAUCAUGGGGCUAAAUGAGGCUAGAAAUCCAAGGACUACUCUUAGGUUUUUGACUUUGCUUGAUAGUGGAGGACAAGUCUUUAAAUUUGGCUCAAAGACUCAAGAAAUGGAAAUUUGGCAGAGACCAACUUUAAUGUGGUGUCAACCAUUCUUUCCUUUUUCAAUCUCUCUUUGAGGGAACAAUGCAAUCCAUCCAUUCUCUCAGUUUACCCCUAUGUACAUGGUACAUGUUUUUUCUCUGAUGUAACAAGAAGGGUGUACUGACAACCACAUUAAAGGGGAGAGAGAGACCUUUGGGUGAAGCUGUGAGGUACAGCUCUAAUGUGACUACUACAGACUUAGUUAUUCCCAUGAUCUGCUAGUCUGUCCACCACAGGGGGAUUGAAUGUCUAAUUUGCCAAAACUACUAAUGUCAUGAUGAUUUCUGACCCUUUACACUUAUUACUGACCAGAGCUUGUAAACCAGUGUACCAUAUUAGGAGCUGUUGCACUUUUAAAGGAGCAGUUCAUCAGUGUUUUAUUUAACAUUUCUGAUGGUCAAAGAGAGUAACACAAGCCAAACAAGAACAACACUGACUAGCUUUACAUUAGAUUUAUAAAAUCUCAAGCUGGGUAGAACUCUUAUUCCAAAAAUGUCUGACAGAGUCAGCUUAUGUGAUUGGUUUCUAUGUUGCUGUAUUCCUCAAGGUGCCUCACUUGCACACUUCACUGGGCUUGUGUUGACGGUGCAUGAUGUGUUGUGGUUGUUCUUAAUGUGCUGACACGUAUUUUGGCAGAUGAGAUGCUUUGGUCGCCCACACAGGCUUAAUUAAUCCAAACAAAGUGCCUGUGUGCUUACAGUCAGGAGGCAUGGCUUCUAUAUUUGCAGACUGGAAGUUUGGAGUUUGAUCCAGUAAUUGAAACUAAAACUUAAAGAAAUAAGGUCAUUGAGCAGAACUGUACUCCGUCUGUGGAAAAUGAUAGCAUAAUAACAAAAAGACAUUUCAGAUGUGAUUAGUUUUGCUAGGAUUGUAAACAUGGAGUCAUUUCCAGGCAGUAGGAUAAUGUGUAACAGAGUCUCAAACCAGGAUAAUUUACUGUGUUCACAAAUCAUUCACCAACUCUUUGGACUGGAUUUUUCCAAAUAUCUCCGAGGAAAAGCCUGGCAGAGAUAUCCUUGGAACUUCUGUUGAACUUUUUGAAAGGAAAAUUACACACACUCGAAGAAGGUCAAAGUGUUUUUACACAAACUUUGUUCCGUCUUUUCAGUUUUAAAUUUUUCCUAAUUUCAAAGGUCUGUGUGAAAGGGAGAAUCUCUGAUAAAAUUUGGUUAGUUGGUGAUUGGUUAGGGCCUGAACUGCUAACCUUUUGCCAUCCUUCAUAGCAGUAAGCCUAAUGGUGACACUCACAUGCUCUCUACGGCCCCCUCCCCGAAGCAUGCUAGACUUUGUGUGGGUGCAUCUGUAACCAUGCCCAGAUCUCACAGGCCCACAGACUACUUUGUGGCUUCAAAUCUGAGUUGAUGUAAAAUUUCUAAAGGUGGUACAUUCAAUUACAAGGUAUGUAUUUAUACAGUAGCAGUGAAGACAGAUUAAACAGCGUGCCAUUGUAGCAUUUACAGAGCCUUUUCUAACAAAGAAAGAACAAAUUUGCAAUAAUGAUUUAAUUCCUAUAGGACAAGAAGCAGAAAACAGUCGAGGUGAUGGCUUAUAUGCAUCGUCAGAAAUAUAGAUUACACAAUAAGAUAUAAAAACAGAGCACUGCCCAGACUGAACAAUAAAAGUACUGUCCUGUCAUACUGUAAAUGCCAUCAUUUUCAUUUUGCCUGUUCAUGGUCUACAGUUUGUAUAUUCUCUGUUUGGAUCAGAAGUGGCAUUAAGUGUAAAUAGAGGAAAGGGCAAUAUUUACUUUUCUGCUACAAGCAGGCGUCAGUCACCUAAUAAAUUGCGCUGCACUCUGUAAAUCUCAGGUGGCAGGCUCAGCAGAGUGGGCCAAAGCCUGUGUUGGGUUGAAUGUAACCACAGUAUGCCAUGUUUAUGUUUGUUCAGCUAAACUAGUUGAAGUGCGGUUUUAACAUGAUGUCAUCCACUUUAAAACUUAACACCAUUAACAUGCUUACCUUAAAUUUAGUUUGUUUAUUUACAGGAAUUAGAAAUACAUUGAAAAACCAUUUGAAGCUCCUUUCAAAGCCCGACAUUGAAGUGGUUUAUUAAAAAUAUCCCUCCCUCCCUAAUUUUGUUCAUGUGUGCGUUCCAGGUGGAUGGAGGCCUGCCUUGAUGAGGAUUUACCCCCCACUACAGAGCUGGAGGAGGGGCUGAGGAAUGGCGUUUACCUUGGCAAACUUUCCAACUUUUUUGCUCCCAAGAUGGUGUCAGAGAAAAGGAUCUACGACAGAGACCAGUCACGCUAUAAGGUACAUCCUUUCUGUUGCACUUAAGCUGUUUUCGUCAUCUGUUUGAGCUGUGCCCAUAGUUUUACUUUUAGCCUUUUUUCAACAGGAAGGUUGUUUCCAGAUCCGUCAGGCACUUCCUGACUGUUGAAAGUUCACACAGGAAAGGAAGAAACAUAGCAAGCGAGUGUGAGGGCUAAUGUAACAUGCAGCUGUUAGACUGCGUGUUAGAAUGACUCAGAGCUCAUCUUAGUAGAAAUCAUGGUAUCAAAUGCCAUAAUUUGGUUGAAUUUCCACAGGCUCUCAGUCCUAUUUGUUGUGGCAGUUGAGUGUUUGAUCAUUUCUCUCAGGCAUGAUCAAGUGAUAUUAUUUCUCUGCUUGUGUCUGUUGUUUCAUCUUCAGAGCAGAGGGCUGCACUUCAGACACACAGACAACACAGUGCAGUGGCUCAGAGCCAUGGAGUCUGUGGGUCUCCCCAAGGUAAGGGGCCCUCUUCUUACUCAGCUAGGAGGACACAUGCUCCUCAUUUCACAAACUUGUAUACAGAUACACACUGCAUUUAGACCCGUUUCUGUACCUCGAUUGUUACUAUACAUCUUGAGAAUGAGUUGUGAAGAGUCUUUGCUCAGUCAAAAAUAUCAUUGAAAAUAUCACUUAUCACCCUUAAGAGACCCCAUAUAGGAAACGUAGUGCGACAAAGGUGGAAUUAAAGAGAGAAGACAAUGCCAUUGUUCCAAUUAAUGUCAGUGUCCUCAUUGACUAAAUAUUUGAUAUCAGCAAACCUAACAUCUGUAUGCAUGUUUCCGCCCAAGGAUUUUCCCCUCAAGCUUCCUAGAAACAUUUUGUUCCUUGUGGGAGUUAUAAGACGUUGUGCACUUUUUUUGAAAGUGUUGUUUGACUGUGAAAACACCAGGUCAGCUCAUCCAGGCAGAAAACAUGCGAGUGCAAAAUAAUACUGGGAACAUCUUGUUCAAGUUUGCAAAACUACUGGACACUUGGGAGGCCUUUACUCUCCCAUGUGUUGAGUGGCUGUUCUUGCGUGAUUACAAACUUGGACUCCAAAAAGUCGUGCAAAAAAAUCCUCAAAUUGGACUGAAAAAAUGUAAAUAGUUUUUCAAACUCUUAGUAGCUCUUGACCACACACAUUUGAUCACACGUUUGAUGCUUUUGUAAGAACUGGAAGCUGAAGUUGUAACACGGGUGUGGUAGUUCGUAGAGAAAAGCAUCAACCUCCUUACAUAUUUUAUAAGAUGACACAAAACAGUUCACUGAUGUGCAUCCUGAAAAUGAAGACACUGAAAUCUGAAACCACCAUUUCAGUACCACCUGUACCAAGUUGCACAAGUUUGCAUAGGCAGCUUGUAGAAAUAAGCUUUUUUUUAUCCUUUUUUUAUCAUUUAAGCUUAGUCUUUGAUUUUUUUCUGAGAGCUGCGUUAUUUCAUGUUUCUGGACAUCAUUGAAAUCUGAGAUGAUUUAACAUGCUGUACAUCUAAGACUCAGCUUGGUCUUUUUGAAACCAAUCUCUUUGAAAUCAGUGUGUGCAAGAUGUUGCGUAAAACACAACACUUAAGCUUUUCCAUGGUUUGUAUCCCUCUGAGAUGACUGUUCAUAAAAACAGAGAGAAAUUGUUUCUACCUCAGGGUACCUCUGAUGCCUGGUGUAAAAUUAUGUACUUUAAAAGGUGGUAUUUAGUGUUUAGCAGUUACCUCAGAGGUCAUCGUAUUUUACAAGUCUCCUUUCUUAUUAUGACCACUGCUUUAACUUCUCAUGCAGCUUCAGUUUAAAAGCAGAAGAAACAUUUUACAGAUAUUGUACUGAUGUUGAGUGUCUUACACAGAUUGUUAAUCAACACUAACUUAAUGAUUUGGUGUGUACUUCCAGAUUUUUUACCCUGAAACAACAGAUGUGUACGACCGUAAAAACAUGCCCAAAGUGGUGUACUGCAUACACGCACUGAGGUAAGAACAGGAGUACAAGAAGCAGUUGCGUAUCUUCACUUCUAUCAAAGCUUUAUUUAUCAGGAACAGAAACCGUUCUUUGUAAAGGAUAUGACUGGAAAAUACUGUUUCUUCUUAUGGAAGAUCCUCUUUUUAAACACAGGUCAAAGUUCAAUUAUCCAUCACAAUACUUUUAACUGUAGGCAGCAAUAUGGCAGGUUUAUUAUAUAUUCAAGUAGUUAAUGAACUAGCUUAGCUGAGUUGUUUUAAAACUGUGACUAAAACUGCUUUAAUGGCUGGUAACUGGUUAGUCAAAUAUGUGAUGACACUCUAAUAGGAAGGUUUGUGUCUGUGAAGUGGGUGGGUCCUUGGUUUUUGCAGCUGAGAUUAUUCUGAAUUAACUGAGGGGCCAAUUUUAUCUGUCUGACCUGUCCAGUCAGCCAAACACAGAUUUAGGGAGUGGUUGUGAGAGCUGCCGGGAUUGUUUUCUCUGUUGUGGAGAUUUGGUCAGGUCCUGAGAGAUUUGGUUUCCUUCCCUGCUUGUGCACACACGUGCUCUUCCUUCCUGCUAGUCCAGCUCAAGUCCCACAUGAACCCAGAAAAUGGUCUGCCUCCCUGGGCACAGACACAUCGAGGCGCAGCGGCAGCCGAUGAUCCUGCACAUUCAGUGUGGUGUAAAAUUGAAAGCAAAGACGGUGUGAUGGUGAAGGAACACAGCACAUGAGUAAAUCUUAAUACUGCUCGAGACAAAGAGGUAAAAAAGCAAAGCUCAUUGUGUCUUGAAGGAAGUGGGAAGCAUGGGUAUAAACAAGGGGGGCUCCGUCCUCAGUCUGAAAAGCACUAGUUGCUCUUCCAUGCUAGGCAGCUAAUCCGCCACCCCUGAGACCUCUAACAGACCACCUGUAUCAUCGUCAGUGUGCUGCUCAUUUGUUUGUGUCUCAACUAAAUCUGCUUCUUGCAUGUCACAGCAUUUGUUUAGUUUAUCUGUCCAUAGCCCCCCUGCUCCAAAGACAGUGAAUGUCAUACUCACACACACUGGAUAAGAAAAACCAGCAACUGCUGCUGCUUUAUUCAGAGCUGUGUUCAUGCCAGACAAGCCUUAAGCAUAUAUAAUUCAUCACCACUUAUCGAGUACCUGGGGAAGAUGAAAGUUUUAUGAAGUUUCCAACCACCUGCUUGUUGAAUAGCAGGCGCUAGUAGGUGGACUGAGUCAGAUGUUUGAGUUUCUCUUGUUUUAGUGUGAGCCAACACUCCCCCCCUGUGGCGCAAGUGCGGCACAGGUGACACUUACCUUACAUCUGGAGCAUUAAUGAAGAAAACCAUGUAUCAUUACAGAAUAGUCCCAUAACUUAAGUUCCACUUCUGUGGUACUUCAAAUAUCAGAAUGUUGUGAGGUUCUUGGUUUGACUCUUUUUUGUCUAUAUCUUUUACCUGUUUUAAUUCAUUUCAGCUUGUACUUGUACAAACUGGGCAUCGCACCUCAGAUCCAGGAUCUGCUGGGAAAAGUGGCCUUUACAGGUAACGGCAAUAAAAAUCUGCAUAUUCUGAAAAAGUUAUCGAAUACAUUGAGUACAUGCACCUUUUCAAACUAAUGAAAAACACUGACAGUCUUAUUAAUUGCUUUUCUGGAUGAAGGAUGAAUGCUUCAGGGCAUUUUGAAGCACUGAUUGUUACACAGCUCAUUGUGCAUGUAAUAUUUCAUAGGGUUUUUUUUUACUGUACUGCUGUUCUUGAUUUUUUUCAAUUGCAAAUUAGAGAAUACCAUGUCCUUUCAAGUAUGUCAGUUUUAUUAGGAGUUAUUCAAACAUCUUUAAUUGAGAUGUUUUUAUUGUACCUGUUUGUUAAUGGGACUUUACCCUGAAGCAGUUUGAAUAAUACUGAAUAGGAAAGUCAAACUUCACAGCUUUUGACAUUGGAUUGCUCUGAGUAAGCCUCAGGGCCAACUCACUUGUGAUACUUUUGAAUAGUUUUACUCUCCUAAAUUUGAUCAAAUGUCAAUUGAACUUCAGUCUAUCCUCAGUAUGUUGUUUGUUGCAGUUUUUUUCUUAAAACUUACAAAAUUCACUGUGUGGUCUUAGAUGUUCAGUAGCAAUGUAAAAGAGGUUUUCUGAGCCCUCUUAAACCCUAAUCUGAAAUCUGGUAUUAGCAGAUUUUUUAACUCCACCAGGUUACAGAAGUUAUGGAAAUGGCGGCUGGCACAGUGCAGCUUUGGAUUAUGGGAAGCCGUUUUACUCAAAUAUUUGUAUUCUGAAAGAAUGAAACUUUUUACUACCACAGCUUUCACCAUAAUUUCUAUGUAUCUGUGUCCCAGAGGAAGAGAUCAGUAACAUGAGGAGUGAGCUGGAGAAGUAUGGCAUUCAAAUGCCAGCUUUUAGCAAGAUUGGAGGAAUCCUGGCCAAUGAGCUGUCGGUGGAUGAAGCUGCCUGUAAGUCCUCUGACCUUGAAGACGUUGUGUUAAUCCUAUAGAGCACAGAAUGUCUGAUAUCGUUGUUCAUCUUUGUAUUAUUUCAUAGUGUCUCUUGGGCAACGCUCAAAUGCUGACAGUGGUACUAAUUCUAAUGUCUUUCAGUGCACGCUGCUGUGAUUGCCAUUAAUGAGGCGGUGGACAGAGGUCAGGCGUCUGUGACGAUGGGAGCCCUCAAUAAUCCCAAUGCAAUGCUGAGGAACACACAGGAAGCUUUAGCCCAAGACUACCAGGACACACUGAGCCGGGCCAAGGAUCACAAACAGAACCAGUCAUCAGGCAGGGUGAGGAGCUUGACACACACUGAACAUGCUGUUUGAUGCCCGUCUCAUUACUGCACAGAAUUAUUGAUCAGAGUCAGUGUAAAGACGUUUGAUUUCUCUCCCUGCUCAUAAAUCUCCAUCACUCUCUAUGUCAGCCACUUUUUUUUUAUCAAUCAGACAUUCAGUUUCUGACUACAGUGACUAAUACUGACAGUAAUAGUUACUGCAGAGAUAUUAUCACUAAGGUUGACAAAGGGGUGAUCUGCACAGUCUCACUUCAGUGCAGCCAGCACAUUCCAGUGGCUGCAGUGUCAGCUUUAACAAACAAAACGCCUCCACACCCCCUGCUCUUUACAAAUACUGGAUAUUCAUGGAUCAUUGGUUUCUACUUAAAUUCAGAAAUGUGAUUGUUUAAAUAUGCAUCUUCCUCCGUAUGGAUUGGACAGUAAUUAAUUCAACAGGGUUCAAAACUAAUAUUCUAAAGAAAAUGAAUCUCAAGUGUGUGUGUUGUAUUUAUUCAGCUUUCUCUCCCCAAUUUAGCGCUCCUCUGUUGCUACUGAAGAAAGAGAUGUUUAUGAGGAGCUGCUGACUCAGCAAGAAAUCCAGAGCUGCAUUGACUCUGUAAACAGUAAGGACUUUCCCUCACUCAUAAGCUCUAGCAUACUUCUUUUUCUUUUUAAUGAUAUAUUUGAAGUGUCAACCACCCUGAUAUCCAGGAGCUAUAAAUAUAUAGAAGAAGCUACAAGGGCAGUUAAAUAAAAGUAGACGUGCAGAUUGGUUAUUCAAAAUACUAAACUGAAACUCUUUUUUGUUUCUUAUUUGUCUCCAGUCCAGGCAGCUGUUAGGCAGGUGAAUGAAGCAGUGUCGUCCCAGGAUGAGGUCGCUCUGUUGGCUGCUCUUCGACUUGAAGCUCUGGCUCUGCUGGGUGUUCAAGAGUCAAACAGUCAUUGGUACCUCGAACAUUUCACCACCUACUGUCAACAUAAAUCCAAGGUAUGCAAGACUCCGAAUGCUAUCACCCUGAGUAAUUCAGGUGUUCUUUCACGUUCAGGUUGUCACUGAUUUCAUAAAGUUCUUGACUGCGCACAAUCAACAAGAUUGUACUGGAUAACUAAGAUUUAAAAAAAAUACUCCUUUUGUAAGGGACAUGGUUGAACACAAGCUCCAGGACACAGUACACCUUCAUACUGUAGGUAUUUAAUGAAGAGUGUAAUAUUGAAGCAGAGUAGGUCUUUUUGAGGGGGAAUAAUUAGCAGUAAUAUCUUUGACCCCCUUACAUCCCAUCGAACAGAUCCACUUCCAUUUUUAAGAGAAGCUAUGAGAACAAAUGAAUUCACCUUAGCACAGAGGGAGUGCAGACACUGAAGGAGGACUGUAGAUCUAGAGCUUUUGUGCUGCUUCUACUACUCAAGCAGUGGAAACAGUGUCAAUUGAACUGAAUGGAUGAAAUGUUAGAUAACCCUGAGGUCUGCUCAUAUUUCAGUGCUUUCCUGUGAUAUUUUGCAGGAUGGAGGGAGGGCCAUGAUGGUGGACAAAGAGGAGAUUCAAAGAGUGGUCAGCUCAUGUAACGACUUUGCUGAGGCAGAGAAACGAAGUAAGCACCUUUUUUCAUACCAUGGAUUUUAUAAUCACAUUUGUUCCAGUAGCGUACAACACAGUUUAUAAUGUGUUUGACCGACUUCCAGCCAGAAAUAAAGUUUCUGUGAUCAUCUCCUUUUCCAGAACUUGAUGCAGUUGCAGCGAUCAAUACAGCCAUCCGUCUUGGAAAUGCUGCCGAGACAGUUGAAGAGCUGAUGAACCCAGAGGCACAACUGCCAAUAGUCUAUCAGACUGCUGCCAACCUCUAUCAGGCUGAGCUCUUCAGUUUGCAGCUGCAAGGGGGGCGGGUAAGACAUGAUGUCCGAGAAUUUGUCUGUUAGUUAGUUAAGCACUUUACUGUCAGAAUCUGUUGGGAAAAUUGUCUUACAUCCACGACGCCUGUUCCUUAACCAAAAAGAAAACAUUAUAACAUAUAGCAAAAAAUAACACCAAACAAACAUCAGAGUGUGUCCCAUCAAACAAAAGCAAAAACAUUAGAAAAAUAUAACAUGAGACAAACAUAAGACAUGUAUAAAUACGUAGCAUCAAGGAGCUGCAGUACCUCCAAGUCCUGACUCUAUUAGCUAUUCAGCGCCCUGAUGAAACCAACUCAUUUCGUCAUGUUGACCCACGCAUAUUCUUAUGGAUAUCUAGUCCACCUUUGCUGGCUUUAUUCUGUGGUUGAAUAUCACUUCAUGUAUGCGAUGUAUUCAGACUUUUAUGUUUAUGUUUAUGUUUAGUCUGGCUUGAGCCACGAGGAGCUGAGUGUAGCUGUGGAGAUGCUGUCAGCUGUGGCAGUGCUGAAUGAGGUGCUGGACACCAAAGACCCUCAGGCUGUGAUUGAACAGCUAACAGACUCUCCUCUGGGCUUUACCAACAUGGACCAAGAUAACCUCAACAGGUAAGAUCGCUGCAGCCACGGGUAGCAGUGGUCUGGUGAGGAGUAAGAGGUUGUACAGGCAAGUUAAAUGUGUGUAAUUCUAAUCCUGAAGCAACAUUAAGACAUGGGGCUUGGUAAGAGCAGAUACAGUGUUUUCUUUUGGCUAAAGAAAUUUGUGCUGCUCCAGUUUUAUGUUGCUCUUUAAAGACAAUGGACUCCCCUCUGUUGUGGUAACCCUAGAGUUAACCACAGUCUUUUGAUUGUCAGGCUGUUGUUUCAGUAAUGAAUCUUUCUUCUUUAAAAGGACUUCUUGUCAAAAUACACAAAUGAAUGAAUAAAUGAUUUUAUAAAAUAAGGACUGAUUUGUGUUUUAAUGUUGAAAGUCAAAGUUGCAUGACACUGUGCUUCUUUGCAGGUCUGUCUCCACAGACAUUUUAUAGUAACUAGGGUUAGCUGAUGACUGGUGGUUUAUGACGUUUCAUGACACUGGGUUGAACUUCUUCAGUGUCUCUCUGCCUCAGGUAUGCUGACACUCUUGUCAAAGAGCGAGAGGAGGCUCUCGCCAAGGGCCAAGAGUUUCUCACCUGGAAUGAUGUUCAGAAAUGCAUCGAUACGGUCAACGUCCAGGUUCACGAGGAGCAUGAACGUAAGACAGAUUUGAAUAUUUUUGUUUUAUGGAAUUUAAUUUUUGGACAGUUGAGGACUUGAAGAACCUUGAAACAAGAACUCAAAUGAUAUCAAAUGAUUUUUCCAGGAAUCAUAGCUAUAGCUGAGAUCAAUGAAGCAUUGACCUCUGGUGAUCAUCAGCAGACCCUUGCAGCACUGCUCCUUCCUACAGCCAAGUUAACAGGAGUGAACCCAGCCACAGCCAAGCACUACCAUGAUGUCUUACUAUUUACCAAGCAACUCCUCUGCCAGGUAUUGUGACUCUCCCUUGAGUUGAUCUUUAUAGUUUGUAGUAGGGAUGACAAAAGUUAAUUGAGUACAAGUUAUUUGAUUCAUAAGAAUGAACUCAAACAUAACAUCUUUGGAUACAAAGCUGACCAACUGGUGAAAAGUUAAUAUACAGAGAUAUGCCAGACUGGCAAAGCUGGCACGUACCUGCAUACUGGCAACAUCAGUGUGUCCUCAGUGGGUGUUAUCUGCUGUUGGGCUAAUUAUGAUCCCACUUAGCUUCCUGCUGGUUCCCAACCAUCAGGACAGAAAACUGAACUCUGAGACUGAACUAUUUUUCUGUCCAGUCUCUCUUAUUGCUGUAUUUCACAUUUAGUCCUUUGAGCCGUUCCCUGUAUGACUCAAUGUCAGCAGAUAUCAGCUUCAUGAGUACGCCCUGCAUGUUGAUAUUAAGUGUGAUGAGGGAUUUUUAAGCCUCUAUAUGUUCUGUAGCUUUGCAGUACUGUUGGUCAUACACAGUAUGUUGCACUUGGAAAUAUAUAAUUUAGGGACAAAAUUCAUUUGCUAUUGUUUUUUUUUUUUUUGGUCAUAGGAUCUUUUUUUUAUUUUUUAAAUGAUCCCUCACAUCCCAAAGAUCAGUCAAUAAGAAUACUGAAAAGUAUUCCUAACCCUAGCUGGUUUUUAUAUGACUUCCUUUAAUUGGAAUAAUCUUCAUGUAAUAAUAAACCAGCAAUGAAAUCACAAGUUACAGCUCACUAAAUGUUAUCUCAAUUUGACCUGAACAGCGGGAUUAUGUACCUGAAAUGGCUCUGUUACGGCCUUAUGAAAAUCUGAUAUUUUAAUGUAGAGGUUCAACCUUUUAAAUGCAAUUAUUAGACGUGUACCUUAAAAACACCAAUGACAAACAUAUACAGAAAUAAAAUUUUAUUGCAUUCAGUCUGUUUUGAUAAACAAGUCUGAGAUUUUGCUUAGUUGACUAGAAAGUCCUGCAGAAGUUUUACAUUUUAAAUGUCCCUUUCUUGGUCCUGAGGUUAAAAUUGGCUCACAUAGCUUGUUUUUGAUAUUGCAGUAUUGUCCACAUGAAUUCACAGUGUUGAGCUCCACCUCUCUUUGUUUGGAGCGUGUGCUUCCCUUCUGGUUCCUAAAAUUAGUCCUGCAAUGAGGAACUCAAUUGUGCACACGCAACUUAUCUCACAUCCUAAUGGCUGGCCCCCGAGGUGUCCCGUGGAGUGAUAUGAAUUGUAGAUCAGAGGCUGCCGUCUUGGAAACGAGCAUGCACAGGAAAGGGUCCAGACAGCUGUGAAGGCAGCAGAGACACACUGCUACUCUGUAAUAUCCGUACAGUUUGUCAUCCCCAUUCAACAACAAGCAGAUGUAGUGGGCGAAAUGCAGGAUGGCGCUUGGCAAGAAACACACCAAAAAGAUGAUGAAGACCAGAGUGCUCACCCUGAUCAAAGGUUUCCAGUCGCAACGAGAUUGUCCUAGAUGGUAUACCACCGCCGCAUGAGCAAAUAUACAAAUCAGGAAAGGCACGACAAAGCCUGUAAAAACCAGCAUCAGUCUGUAUGGCACCAAUGGGGAGUGGGAUUUUUCUUGUAGGGGGAGUACAUCGUGGCAAGUGGUGAUUCCCAGCUGGGUAAUGUGAUAGCUCUGUCUGACCACGAGCUCAGGCACAAUAGCUGCAACAAACAGGAACCAUACAACAAAGCAUGCCCAUCGCGCCAGAGUAGUCUUAGCCAGCCGUCUGUACAGAAACGGUUUGACCACAGCCAGGUAGCGCCUCAGACUGAUGCAUGCUAUACUUUGAGCAGAACAGUAAACAUUACCGUAAAACAAGGCUGUGAUAAGCCGGCAAGAGAUUUCCCCAAAUAUCCAGUUAUUUCCGCUGAAGUGGUAGUGAACCCGCAGUGCCAAGGAGAGCAGGAGCAGCAGGUCAGAUAAGGCCAGGUUCAGGUACAGAACGACUGUAGAGAAGGACUUUGCUCUGAGUCUGAGGAAGGCCAGAAUAUAUGCGUUGGAAGGGAUACCCACUAGCAUGGCCAGGAUGUAAGAGAGCGGAAUGACCCAGGUGCUGAAGACACUUUUGGUAAAAGCUGCCACUGGGUCCUCCAGGCUCACAUCCAGCUCAGGCUCUGUGCUGGGAUACGGCAGCUGGUUUGUGUGGUUAAUUUCUCCUGUGCUCCCCUGAAAGCUCUUUGGUCUGGCUCCGUUUUCUGUAAAGAGGAAGAAAAACAAUAGGAUUUUGAAGCACCUUGAGUUUGUUUUGAACUCUGAAUGAACAAGCGUUAAACAGUGUAGCUACAUUGGUGUUUGAUGUUUUUAAGGGUAUUUUAGCAUUUUAGAGUUUGUAGUUGUCUCUUGUUUUCAAUAAACAGCCAGAAGCCAGAAGAUAGUAAUGAAAUUAUGUAUGAUUGAAUAUCUUAUUUCUGGUGUGUUACAGCUUUAUGCAACAUAGUUGUGACUUUGUUGUUAUGCAACCCUUCCUCCGGGAAUAACCACUCCCAAAAUAUGUGAACUAACAGCUUGAAAUAAGUUAAUUUAACCUUCAGCUCUUAACUCUUUUGGUAAUACACUUACCAUCAAGCUGGAGGGCCUGCACUGCCACCAGACAAAGGAGUAGUCCUGCUACACGGUUGACCAUAUCCCCCAUGUGUCUGUAUCCUUGGCUUUGUGAAGUUUUCUUGUCCUCAACUCUCUCUGCGUUGCCUCCCCUCAGUAAAUGUCGGCAUCUUCCAUCUGUCAAAUUUGCUGUUUUGCAUCUUAGCAGAACAACAGUGGAUAACUGAUAGCGAUGUGAACUUGAGCUCAGCUUCCCUCUUCUGUACGUGGGACACUUGUGUGUUUUCAUGGAGCAGUGAGAACAUUUCCUGUCCGGGGUUUAGAGCUGAAUUCCCCUCCGUCUGCGUCAGUUACUUCCUACUGACUCACCGGGGAGGGAGGAUACUGCUUGAUAGUUCAACAACAGCAGAAAAUGAUAAGAAAUUAAAUUAAUUCUAACAUUGCACGUCUCAUAUAUUUGUAUUUAUGUGAAGGUGGAAGUAUCAUUUUAAUAUAUGCUUGAUAAUGUUGUAAACUUCCUAAUCUGUAUCAAAAUGUGUCCUCUUAUUUCAACAAGGUUACAUCUUAAAGUGGUUAGAUCAUUAGUAUGCACUUGAUAAUGUGGUCAUAAUAACUCUGCGUUUUCCAAUGAAAUAUCUUUUUUCUUUAUAUCAUUUUUUCUCAGAGUAGAGAGGCUCAAGUGCUUUUCUUUCCAGCAGUUGUUCUAAACUACUUAAACACCUACAUAUUUAGAUAAUAAACACACAUAAUAACUAAUCAUAACUAAUUAUUUUACAGCUGUACUGUGUCUGUCAGCAAGACCGACCUGUGACUCCUCACAUACAGAGGGUUUGCUGGAAAAUCUAGUCAGUAGCACAAAUAAAUAAAGAGGCUACUUUUAGUCCAGAGAGUGUGUUUUAAUGGCAGCAUCCUUCCUGUUGGCUUUGUGGUCAGGAAUACAUCUGAAUCCCCGCCAGAGUUCUCUAAAAUUAGCCUGAGAAGAAAUACAGAACUCCGCCUGAAUAAACACUCUCAGUGUUUACCAUGGCGCCUUCUUGUCUUUUGUAAGAGGUUGAUUGAGUGAGGGUGAGGAUGAGGCACAGUCUAUCUCAUACUAUUUCUUUGGCAUUUUUUGCUUUUCUUCAGAUCGUACCCCUAGACACAGGAAAAUGGUACUGUCUAUUAUUGCUGUUGCUUUAAUUGCACCAGUUAAUUAGUGUUGAUGAUCAAUGUUUCAACAGAGUUGAGCCACAGUUACAUACCGCAUACUGAGUACUCCAUAUUCAUAACAUCUCUAUAGUUCUAACUUGAUGAAUAAUAUGCCACAACUACAAGAGUCUGCCAUAAUGAUGUGUCCUUGUGCAUUGGGCUAGAAUUGUGGCCGAUGUUGUGCAGCUGAGGUGUGAAUUGGUUUCAGAGCUGAAAAAGAAAAGUGAACUUGUGCUUCGAUCUGAUUGUAGAAUUCUGGAGAUGAGUCUGCUGUACUGUGGCUGGAUCAAAUCCAAGAGGCCAUCCAUACAGCCAACCAGGAUGAAGAGGAGGCUCUCACAAGUAUGUAGCUGACCUUCACAUUUAUUUGGUAAUAUCACACCGACAGCAGCUUAAACUAACCUUUAUUGCAAUUAUUUAAAGCGUACCUUGUCCGAAAGUACAACCACACUUGCAUUUGACCAUAUGUCGCCCUCUUAAGGUGAGCCAGUAUAGCCAUAAAUCCAGACGGGCUUUAUUUUACAUUAUUGAUACUAUGGUAACAGUAUAAGGUUGUUUUUUCUGAUGAAGAUAUAAUCCAUGUCUUUACUUGACAGGCUCAGAAUGGACUCUUUUAGGUCCAGCACAUGAAUACUAAGGGUACAACAGAUAAUAGUUGGUCAGUGAUCUAUACAGACUACCCUGACUGCAUAUGAUCUGCAGAUCCAUGUAAAAAUUAUCAUCAGCAUGUACAAUAACAAGUUUUGAGUGGCUCGCACUGUCUCAUAGAGCUGGUUAAAAAAGAUUAGAUUUUGGUUUAAAAAAUGAAAUGCAUUUCAGAUUUCAAAGAUGCACCUUUCCCUUUCUUUUCUGGUGCUGUCAAUUUGUGGUAAUGAUACUGUUUUCAGGUUUAACUCAGCAGCUGUUUUCCUUUUGUAAUCUCAUUCACUUUGCUAGUGGCUGGAGCAGUAGCUGAAAUUAACAGGACAGUGGCAGAGGGGGAUCCUCAGAGUACACUGCAGGCUCUGCAAGUUCCCAGUGCCGGACUGAAGGCAGUUCUCUCUGAAUGUGCUGAUACGUACCAGGCUGAACUGGCACAGAGACAAACAACCAGCACCAGUGAAGGUGACUUGAAUAUAACGCCUAAAAUAAAACCUACAUCACAAAAAGAGGCAGACUUUUGAAAGUUUUAUUCUUUCUAACGCUCAGUGUGUCUAAAAAGGCCUUUUCUGCUUACUUUUAGACAACACUGACAGUGUGUGGGUCAAACAUAGUAUCAAGGACAGAUAUGACUACUACUUUAACCUGGAGACUGGACAGGGCACUUGGGAGGAGCCUGAAGGAUUUGAACACAACGGCCGUCAUCUCAGUAAAGAAGAUAUUCAGGUACACUUUUCUGCUCUGCAGGAUUUCACUGUUCACCGUUUCAUGUGCUGUUGUGGUCGUAUAUCUACACAAAACAUUCACACUAUAUGGUGCAGAAAAAUGUACUUCUCUAUUUCUCUUUCUCUCCUAGAGUGUUGUCAGCUGUGUGACUGCCGAGUAUAACAGGGAGCAGUUAUGGUUGGCCAACGAAUCCAUGGUGACCCUCCUGCAGGCAAGGAUCAGAGGUUACCUGGUCAGGAAAAAACAUCGUGAGAGGAUGGAGUACUUACAUCAACAAGAACCACAUGUUAUCAAAUUACAGGUAGUCUAUUUCUCAUCUUUGAACUGUAAGUAGUGAUGCUGUCAACACUCAGAUAAACACCUGUGAUUUCUCGAGUACCUUUCAAAGGUAAACUAAACAUUAAAGCUCUGACAACACCUUAGCUGGGAGACUGUUAAACAAUCCCUUUGUGUUACUAAUAUCAAACACAGCACAGUGUUUCUUUCGGUUGUUUGAUGUUUUCCCUUUUUUGCAGGCUUGCUGGAAAGGUCACAAACAGAGAAAAAUGUACAAAGACCGGAUGAAUUUGCUUCAGAACAACGUUGGUUCUAUUGUUAAGGUACUAAACUGGUUUCCUUCUGUUGAAUCAAAAGAAGUUACAUUCAUAGCCCGACUCUAGAAAUCUUAACAAACCAAAACAACCCGCAUAAUGUUGGUUUUAGAAAUGUGUAUAAAUUAUAAAACUUUACUCAACACUGAAAGCGUAGUUACCAUGUCAAAGAUCUAAAAUUCAACAUUUUUGUCUCAGAUCCAGUCUUGGGUGAAAAUGUGGAAAGCCAAACGGAAUUACAACCAGAGGUUAAACUAUUUUAAAGAUCAUGUAAGUAGCUCUUAAGUCAGUCAAAGUCAGUCGGCUGCUUGAUUUGUGUUUCGGUUGCUUCCUCAAUGUUGUGUUAGACUCACCUCUGUCUGUGUUUAGGAAAAAGACAUUGUGAAAAUCCAGGCUUUUCUGAAGGCCAACAAAGCCAGAGAUGACUACCGAACACUGAGUAAGUCAAACAUCAGUUUCUCAAUGUCAACUGGAUUUCUUGUGGUCGCAUAACAUUGUUGGUUAGAUUUUAGUUUACUAGCGUUAUAACUGAACCAUCAUUGGGGUUUUUGUGAAGGUGAAGUAUUUAAUAAACAGAGGAGUGAGAAGGUGAAUGUCUUAUCUUUUUCCAGAUUUUCCUCAGACACGACAGCAUUGAUUGAUUGAUUGAUGAUUUCGAGACUGUUGUUCUAAAGAUGUAAAGUCAAUCAUCUAUAUCACAGGUACUUAUUGUGACUGUCUUAUGUGUUUAAGCCGGAGCCAAGGACCCUCCCCUGUCCGUGGUGCGCAAGUUUGUCCACUUAUUGGAGCAGAGCCCCCUGGACCUUCAGGAGGAACAGGAAGUGACGCGGCUAAGAGAAGAAGUGGUCACCAAUAUCCGCUCCAAUCAGCAGAUGGAGAAAGACUUGAACCUGAUGGACAUCAAGAUUGGACUGUUGGUGAAGAACAGGAUCACUCUGCAGGUUUGUCUGCAGCACUUUGUUUUUAUGUCAACAAGGGAAGGAAAAGCAACAUGUGUGAUGUCAUGAAGGUUAAAAUGAUUCAUAGUUUGGUCAAGGCACAGGGUUCAGUCCAAGGUUGCUAACAACUGUGAUUACAUUCAUGUGAUUAUAUAUAUUGUCUGGUCAACGUAAUCAAUGUGGUGUUUGCUUCUUUGACUAGGACGUAGUGUCCCACAAUAAGAAAAUGAAGACCAUGAAAAAAGCAAGUAAAGAUGACUUGACUGCAGGAGACCGAGUGGGUAUAAAGGGCCUGAAUAAAGGGAAAAGAAGGAAACUUGAGGCCUACCAGCACUUAUUUUACCUGCUGCAGGUAAUUUAAAAACUCCUCCCCAACUUAAACAGCAACUUUAAUCAAUUUCAAGAAACUCAACUCAGCCACCCCUUGUUUUUCCCCUAUCUAGACCAAUCCACCCUACCUGGCCAAGCUGAUUUUCCAGAUGCCCCAGAACAAGUCCACUAAGUUUAUGGACACUGUGAUCUUCACCCUGUACAACUAUGCCUCCAACCAGAGAGAGGAAUACCUGCUGCUCAAACUCUUCAAGACAGCCUUGGAAGAGGAAAUCAAGUGAGAUCUGCAGACUUCUUUAGGAUGUUAUCAAAGACUUUGAGUGGUUUUGAAUCACCAAAGCACACAAAGUUUGUUUGGUGAGCUGUUUUGUGGACAGCACUGAUCAAUGCUGUCUGAUGUUUCACAGCUCUAAGGUGGACCAGAUCCAGGACAUAGUGACAGGGAACCCAACUGUCAUUAAGAUGGUGGUGAGUUUCAACAGAGGCGCCCGAGGUCACAACACACUCAGGCAGCUGCUGGCUCCGGUGGUCAAAGACAUCAUUGAGGACAAGAGUCUCGGCAUCAACACUAACCCAGUGGAUGUGUACAAAGCCUGGGUAAACCAGCUAGAGACUGCGACAGGAGAGGCCAGGUACAGGUCCAAAAUAAUUCAGAAAGUUGUGAUUAAUUUGUACGAAUCACUUCAGAGGGUUAUCAGACGUGUGUGACAUAAAGAGUGGUCACGUGGUGAAUUUUGUUAAGUCAUGGUAAGGUUUUGUUUUUUACAGAAAUGGUUUUCUGUUGCAAGCCAGUGGGAAGCUUUGUUUACACUAUUAUCACGAAAAGCUAGGGUUAGAAAAGGUGGAAAUAUCUGAUGUCUGAUGUUUAAUGAAAUCAGUAACCUAAUGCUCAAUAAUCUUUCUCACUUUUACCCUUGUGGUUCCACAGUAAGCUGCCUUAUGAAGUGACUCCUGAGCAGGCCAUGUCACAUGAGGAAGUGCGCAACAGGCUGGAGGCAUCCAGUCAGCUGCUGCGGGCCGCGACAGAUAAGGUCCUGAACUCCAUUGUGUCCUCGCUGGAUAAUAUACCGUAAGUUUCAAGAACUGCUGAGUGUCAAUGUUCACUUUCUUUUAUCCCCUCAGUGACAGUUUGAUUGUUGGGAACAUGAAGGUCAGCUUUUCAAAAUCAGACGACUUUAGGAGAAGAGUUUAACAAAAGAUAAUGUUGCAUCAGAAACUGUCCCUGUUGUUUUGUUCAGUCCCCUGCACGCUGUUGUUGCACCGUGUCUGUAAAGGUUCAUUUACUCAUGAUGCUUUAAAAGUGUUGUGGGCUUGUGACUCAAACUAAUCCCAGUUUUUGUGAUGAAAAAACAAGAAUGGUUUAACAUUAUUUAUGUAUAUGCGUUUUUAUAAGUAUAUUCAUUUAAUUUCAAUCCUUUUUGAGCACCAAAUUCCUUUUUUAAAUCAUUCUUGAGAGUUUAACAAUCACGCUAUGAUUAUUGAUUAUGAUGUCCUAAAACGGGGCAUGACAUACUUUGGCAUGUCAGCAGCCUCUCUGGUUGUUAAGGUUUUAGCUGCAUGUUGGUGCCUGGUCAUUACUUAUUUAAUCAUUGUUUGAAACACUCACCUGCUUAUCUGCUCGAACAGAAAGCUGCUUUGUGUUUACUCGGCCACACAGUGAUGAUCACCCUGUUCUGUGAUUGAGACCAAAAAUCUCAGUCUUUGGCUUUCUUCUUUCAUUUGAAAUAUCCCCCCAAAACAAAAGUCACUACAGUUUCAAAAAUGACCAAGUACUGUGUACACCACUGGAUGGUGCUCAUGUUUUAUUUUAGUCUUUGCAAAAAAAGAGAAACUACACAACACUCUCCCAAGGUACUGAGGUUGCCAUUUCAUUUGUCAUGUUUAGUGUGAAUGGAUAUUGCUUUGUGUUUGAUGUCCCUUCAAUGUUUUCUGUUCUGCAUGUAGUUAUGGCAUGAGAUACAUAGCAAAAGUUCUGAAGAACACUCUCCAUGAAAAGUUUCCAGAUGCAUCUGAGGAUGAGCUAUUGAAGGUAGAUGCCCUCACAUGUGAAACUUUGUUUAUGUUCUACUCAUUCACAAGACUGCAGCCAUACAGACCUCUCCUCUUUUACUUUGAGUGAACUAAGAGUCUGACAAUGUUUUAAAUUGAUGCUUUCUUAUUUUCUUCUUACAGAUUGUGGGGAACCUUCUGUAUUACCGCUACAUGAACCCAGCCAUCGUGGCCCCUGAUGGCUUCGAUAUCAUCGACAUGUCAGCUGGAGGGCAGCUGCACUUAGACCAGCGCCGUAACCUAGGAUCUGUGGCAAAGAUGCUGCAGCAUGCUGCUGCUAAUAAGCUGUUUGAGGGCGAGAAUGCACAUAUGACACCAAUGAACACCUACAUAUCUCAGACCUACGAGAAGUUCAGGUAAUCAAGUGAAAAUAGAUAUUGAAAAACCCAGUUUUCUAACAGAAAAUCUUUUGUCUGUGUUUUUUUGUAUCUCAGGUUAGUGUUAGGUUAGUUUCUACAUUGUAUCAUGAUUACAUCAAGUGUUUUUGUUUUAAACAACAUGAUAAAGGGGAGAGCACACGAGAGACAGAUGUUGCUUUUAACUGUUGAAUCACAAAGGUCAGGAACAGGUUUAGUUGACGUAGCAGAAGGCAAUGCAGAAAAAGCAAAGAGCUCUUUGUUCCCGUAAAGCAGAACUCAUGAAGGACCUGUAAACACUUGCAAAUCAGAAAGGCUGAGUCUGUGAGUGCAGCAGUCAGUCCCACUUCGCCUCAUUGUUUGACACAUUGUUUCUGAAAACCCAAACCUUAGACUGUUUUCUGGAACAGGUCUGUCUGAUUAAUAUACUUUGAAAUUUGUUAGACAAUUCAUGCACGCAUUUGUCUAUUUUUAACUUUUUUUUUUUCUAAUGCUGACUUUUAUCUCAGACUGAACUUGGCCUCAAAGACCAAGAACCCUAACCUUUUAUGUUUUCCGUCUUGUAGGACAUUUUUCCAGGCAGCAUGUGAUGUUCCUGAACCGGAGGAGAAGUUUAAUAUCGAUGAAUACUCAGACAUGGUGACUCUAAGCAAGCCUAUCAUCUACAUCUCCAUAGAGGAAAUCAUCAAUACUCACUCGGUAAAACAGAGAAAAAUGACUCAUACCUUCUCCAGAGCAUAGUUAAACUCAUCUUUUGGAGUGAAUGAAUGAUAAACUCAGUAACAUAUUCAUCUGUCACUCUUUGGCAAAACAGUUACUUUGCAGAAUCAUUUAGUAAAUGGUGAAACAGCCCUUCUGUGUAUCUCUACAACUAGUUUAAGUUGUCUUCAACUUCUAAUGUGGCAGAUUGUCAAUUGCUGGAGGUCCAGGCUUUAAUCAAUCAAUCAAGCUUUAUUUCAAUGCAACUCAAAGUGAUUGAAAACAAAACAAUUAAGAGUAAGAAUACAAGAUAAAUGACAAAAAUUGACAAAUUAAAUGGAAAAAAGAAAAAUAGGAUAGAUAGAGACCAAUGCACACCAAAAGCAGUAAAAUAUGUUUAAUUUAAAAAAUGAGAGAUAAAAAUAAGUUAAAACAUAAAAGAAAAACAUAAAAUUUAAAAUAAUAGGAAUGUUGUUAAAUAUUAAAUAUAUGGAUUAAAAAUGCCAAGCCAGCAAUAAAAAUAGUAUUUAAAUGAUCAAAUUGCGAUCAGUUAAGAAUAAACCAACAAAAUAAAAUUAAAAUCCAUAUCAAACAGCAAAUUACCAAACUAAUAAAAUCUUAACAUAAAAGUCCGACUGAACAGAUAGGUCUUAAGUUUAUGCCUAAAAGUCUCAAUAUUUGCUCUCCUCUUAGAUCCUCUAGCUGUGCGAUAACAAUAAUGAAAUAAACAAGACUUCAGGUUUAUGAGUAAAGGUGAUGAUGUUUUUUAUACUAACAGAUGAGGGACAGUGGGUUUAACUUGAAAGAGUAACUUUAGCAGCUGUGGUUUUUGAAUCUGCUUUGUUUUUCUGGUGAAGAUUUUUACUGAGUUUGUUUACUUAUAGUUUUUUUUUUCUCUGACAAGUUAUACAGUGAAUAUUUUAGAUUUUUGUGUAUUAAAAGCCACAUCUGUAUUUGUUCAGCUGCUCCUGGAGCAUUUGGAGGCCAUCUCUCCAGACCACAAUGACUUACUACAUGAGCUGCUGCAGGACCUGGGAGAUGUCCCUGAUGUAGAGGCACUGCUUGGUAUUUUCACACCCUUUUAUAUCCGAGUUUAUCACAAGGAAACCAAAGCUUGACUGUGAGCAUUAAUCAGUCACAAUCGGUCUUCUUUGUUUCAGGUGAAGGGGCAGUAGACCCGAAUGACCCGAAUAGAGAGAGCGCUCUGAGCCAGCUGGCCAAGACAGAGAUCUCCCUCACCCUGACCAGCAAGUUUGAGCUGCUGGAAGGAGAUGACAAGGACUUGAAGACUCUCAUGACAAAGUAAGUUUAGAGCUGGAGGAUUCAGAGUAACUUAAUCAAUGUAAAGCCUGUAGUGAGGGUUAACAAUGCUGCUAUUUGAACAACAUGUGAUCUUUGCUUGACUCUGUGCGACACUGUGUGUUUCUUUGUGUCUGUCACUCAGUAAUGUGUCUUUGUUCCCUUUCCUGCUCUUUAUCGUUUCCUGUCCAAAGAGGAAGGGGGUUGUUGUUCAGGACUAUCUCGCUGAAAAACAUGCAUCCGCCUGAAUUGUUUUUUCGAACAGGAGACUGGUGCUGAUCUCUUCCUUAUUUUUUGGCAAACUUGGUUUUAUUGCGUGUAGAACUAAAAGUGAAAGCCGGAUUUCUCUUGAACUGAUAAGACCAUACUUUUUCUAAAUGUGAUUGUGUGAUGUGUUUGAUACUUGUGUGUAAGACUUGGUGUGCAGACACGAGUACAUAGCGUGGUUAAUUAAAAAAAACAACUUAUUUUUCCAGGAUAUUUUAACAAAAUAAAAAGCUAACACAUUCGUGUGGAGCCAAAUAUCUGUACUUUAAUAUGGUGGCACUUUAAGAUUUAAUCUAGCAGCAAACAAGAAUCAGAUGUUCUUUUAAUAAACAAAAGCCUCUGGGGAUAGGACUUGGAAACCAGUAAUAGCUUUAAUCUCUACAUGAAAAACAUCAGGUACUACAGCUUGUUUGUAAUAUGUGGAAAUUGUACUGUGUAAUUUGCAUUGUCCCUGUUCAAUUUAACUGUCUGAAUGGAAAUAAAUGAAGACAUUUUUGCCAGAUGCAAAUGUAAACCAUGAAGUAGCUAUGGGGAAAUUAGAUACACGAUAGAAUAGUGGUAACAGGCAUGUUCCUCCCCUCAUUUUAGCAAGAUCGCACCAUUGGAGGUUUCUUUUGUUUUCUUAAAGCAAAUUAAUGCAAAGCAAAUCUUUUUCUUCCUUCAAAACAAAACAAAUUGAGAGGUCAUGAUUUUUCCUGUGUGUUCUCAGGACAAAAAAGCUCGUAGUGGAUGUGAUUCGAAUUCAAUCCGGAGAGUCCUUACCUGAAAUUCUGGAGACCCCAGCUACUGCCCCACAGGUGAUUAUGUCUUCCAUUAAACUUUUCCCCACCCAAGAAUAUGAACACCAUUUUAAUCAAAGAAAUUUUUGCUCAGACUUUGACGUUUUUGUUGAGAAUUACAACUGCUGCUUCUGCUCAUGACUUUUCAUCUGAAGGAGUCAGAACAUACAAAGGUUGUGGAGCGCCGGGCAGUCCAGGAUGCUCAGACACCUGAAGGUCUGAAGAGUAGCCCCGCAGUGCUGGAGGACAGCCAGCUUCCCGUUGAACAGAAGAAGAGGAAGAUCCAGAGAAACCUCCGUAACCUGGAGCAGGCUGGCCUUCUCACUGCCAGUAACAAAUACCAGGACCUCAUCAACGACAUAUCAAAGGUUCACAACCAGCCCCUCAUUCACCUAGAAAGAUGUUAACAAUGCCAUCGCAAUCUUGACUUAUUUGUGUGUUGUAAAGUCCUUCAGCUGUUGAAUUGAGAGGUAAACCUGCUUUUUAACAGGACAUUCGCUACCAAAGACGUUACAGGCAGAGGAGGAAGGCUGAGCUGGUGAAGCUGCGACAGACACUGACGGCCCUUAACUCAAAAACAGCCUUCUUCCAGGACCAGAUGACCUACUAUGACACCUACAUCAAGACAUGCCUGGAUAACCUCAACCGGAAGUGAGUUGUAUUUUCAUUUCUCUUUUCUAAUCUGGAUGGAGAGUUUUUUAAAGUGCCUCUUUUCCCACUAUGUGUAAAAACCACUUUUGCUUCCCUUUUAUUGUGUUGUUUAGAUGGUUUUGAUACUAGUGAGGCAGGAUGAUUUAAAAAAGCAUUAUUGCGUUUUGUGUUCUCAGAAAUUCACGCAGAUCUAUAAAACUGGACAGCAAAGGGGACAGUAAAGGCAGUAAAAAGUUGAAGCUCCAGUCUCUGAAGUACACAGCAGCAAGGCUGCAUGAGAAAGGAGUCAUCCUUGAGAUCGAAGGACUUCAGACAAACCAGUAAGUUGAGCUAUCUAGGUCUAGAUAUCAAAAUAACAACCUUCUGAUGCGUCUGGAUUAUCAGUGUCCUCCUCUCAAUCAGAAGGUUUUGGUUUCAACUCCAGGUCCCACUGUCCACAUGACAGUGUCCUUGUGCAAGACAACCCAACCCCAACCUGCCCCGGCUGGUUGUGUCAUCAGCACUGAUGGGUGCUUAACAUGGCAGCCUCUACCACCAGUGUGUGAAUGAGUGGAUGUGAUUUAUAAUGUAAAAGAAAGAGUGGUCAGAAGAAAGCACCAUCUAAAGACAGUCCAUUCACCAUUUAGUGCAGCCUGUAUAACAGGAUUAUAUGAUCAGUAUAACUUGAUCAAUGAUUCAUUCCAACUAUAAUCAUUCAUUUCCAUCAGUUUAGUCUCAUCCUACACCUUCUUGGAAAUAGUAAAGCAGUAUCUUUGAGUAUCUUUAAUAGUCAGAAGAGUAGUCAGCUUUCUGGUGAUAGAAAGGAGAACAUUACCAUCCUCUUCAUUGUGUCUGGGUUGAAAGUGAAGUGCUAAGCUGAUUUAAGUUGUUCUGUGAACUGUGAAAUGCUGAGUUCCUGGAAAAACAGAUAGGUCCAUGUUGGAUGAUAACUGUGUAACUCCCCCUGCUGUGUUGACACUUUUUUAUGUCAUUAAACUCAUGCUGUUGUCCCUCUCUUUUUAAGGUUCAAGAAUGUCAUGUUUGACAUUUCACCCACUGAGGAAGUUGGAGAUUUUGAGGUGAAAGCCAAGUUUAUGGGAGUGGAAAUGGAAAAGGUUCAGCUGCAUUUCCAGGUAAACUUUUCCAAUGUGUGUCAGACCUAAAGGAUAAAAGCAGCUUCUCGUUAACACUAAAUGAGGAUAGUAUAUGGUUUAAUAUUUUGUUCCUUUUACCAUGGUUGCAAAAAGCCACUGUCAUUUUUACUGCACCUUUUUGACAUUACAAAACAACGAUUAAUACAAUAGAAACAAAACUGUCUUUCUGUUGUUGGGACACUUUAAAAUGAGUAUUGAAUUUCUCUAAAAAUAUAUGUUGAUCAGCGUUUUGUGUGUGUGUGUGUUCUUGACUAUACUGUUCUCUGUGUUUUGCCCAGGACCUCCUACAGUUGCAGUAUGAAGGCGUUGCCGUCAUGAAGAUGUUUGAUAAAGCCAAAGUCAACGUCAAUUUGCUCAUCUUCCUCUUAAACAAAAAGUUCUAUGGAAAAUGAGAAAGCACAUGAGGGUUGCAGCAAGAGGGGAGAGGAAACAGACUUUAUCUUCUGACAGUACUGAGUUUGUUGAAGCGAGUUAAUUUAGAGAGAAAACCUGCAGUGGUGAGGGACAGUGUUUUGUCUCAUUGAGCUUAAUUUGAUGGAUGACACCGAAAGGAAAUGUGUUUAUCUAAUUUAAAGCGUCUUUUCUGUAUUUUUCAAUGUGGCGAUUGUAAAUGUCGUGUAUUUUAAGAAUUUAAUUGUAAUGGUUUUCAUGUUUUGUAAAUUAAUGAUGCAAGGAAACUCACUGUUAUUGUUCCCUUUGAGAUGAAGCUACCUUAAGGGUUUUUGAAAGACAUAACAGACAAAACAGUACUGUCUAAGUUCAGAAAUGUUCCCACCUCCCAACACGAGCAGUGCCUUUUUAUUCAAAUGUUUUAAAUAAUAAAACAUUAAGAAAAUAAAAGCUAUAACUGAUGUAUUUUUAAUAUGCAUUAUCAGUGCUUUCUAAUGUUUGGACAAUGUUCAUAAUAAAUUACACUUCUAUAAUUA